AUGGUUCGCAGCAUUCACAUUGCCGUUCUCGAUGUCGAUAUCCCAGCGCGUCGCUUGUACGAGGCUCGGGGCCUUUGCAGCGCCCACUUCCGCGACAUCCUGAAAGAAACCGCCGCGCACUUGAACGAAAACAACCCAGCCAUCAACGACCCAAUCGAGAUUACUAUUACUCCAUAUGAUAUUCGCGGAGGGCACUACCCGGACUUUCACUUACUGCGUGGUGAUGCGACCCAAGAACAAUUCCCAGUAUAUAAACCUAUCGACGCAGUCCUGAUUACCGGAGGCUCACCAGGAGUGUAUGAAAUGCCCGAGUCGCCCUGGAUGCAAAUCCUGGAAAAGUUCAUCAAGGCUGUCUACAACGACUAUCCAGAGGUCCGCCUCAUGGGUACUUGCUUCGGUCACCAGUUGAUUUCCCACGUUUUGGUGCGGGUUCCGAACGACCCUGUUCGAGACGUGUACGUCGAGAAGUGUCCGCUUGGUCGUGAAGUGGGAAUUUAUACUGUGCAAUUGGAGGAAGAGUUCGUUAAAUACUUUCCAUCCGCGCUGAGCCACCUUCCGCAAGGUCAACUCCGCAUUCAAAUGUUCCACGGUGACCGUGUGAUGGCCGUGGAAAAAGGCCAGGUUGUAACCCUUUCCGAUACGCCACCAGUUUCCCUUCCUGCUCCGUGGAUCAAUAUCGGAAGUACCCCUAUUUGCCCUAUCCAGGGCCUAUACAACCCCGGCAGAGUUCUGACUGUGCAAGGUCAUUAUGAGAUGGACGCUUUUGCGACAUCAAAGAUGUGCAUUGAGAAUGCCCCCGUCAUGGGAUGGAAGGAGUCCAAGUUGGCACUUUUCUUGGAGCAGGUGGGACCUGACACCAAGGAGCGACGCGAUGAUGCUAGAGCAUUUGCGAAGGCAGUCAUCUCCUUCUUGGCUGAUCUUGAGCAAUGA